UCAGUCUUGUCUUUAUUCUUUGCCACUCUUGUCCGCUGUUUUGUCCUGGCUGCUCCAGUAUAAUUUUGACUCCGGAAACUUUGUGUUUUUUGCGAAGAAAACUUUGCCAAAUAAUAUUUUCUAUUUUAUAAUCUCGUCAGGUGAAAGGUUAUCAUCAUGUUUGAGGCGAAAUUGCAACAGGCCGGAACUCUGAAGAAGAUUCUGGACGCGAUCAAGGAACUCUUGACGGAAGCUACGUUCGAUUGCACCGACUCUGGCAUCCAACUUCAAGCCAUGGAUAACUCUCACGUUUCCCUUGUCUCACUCAACUUGCGAGCUGAUGGUUUCGAAACGUACCGGUGUGACCGCAAUGUCUCGAUGGGCAUGAAUUUGACCUCGCUGGGGAAGAUUCUAAAGUGCUGCAGUGCUGAUGACGUGGUCACCAUGAAGGCGCAGGACGCCGCGGAUAUUGUCACAUUCGUCUUCGAAGCCAGUAAUCAAGAACGAGUGUCUGACUUUGAUAUGAAACUUAUGAAUUUGGAUCAGGAGCAUUUGGGAAUUCCGGAAACUGAUUAUGCUUGCGUCGUAAAAAUGCCAUCUGCUGAAUUCGCUCGAGUCAUCCGUGACCUGUCUCAGUUUGGGGAAAGCAUCACUUUCUCCUGCUCCAAGGCUGGUGUCAAGUUUUCUUCCACGGGAGACAUUGGAACUGGAAAUGUCAAGGUAGCACAGUCUUCUUCUGUCGACUCUAAAGAUGCCACCACAAUCGAACUCCAGGAGCCGGUCACACUUACUUUCGCUUCAAGGUACCUUGGAUUGUUUGCAAAAGCAUCCGGUUUGUCUGAACGCGUCCAGCUCAGCAUGUCGCCCGAAGUCCCACUCGUCGUGGAAUUCAAGAUCAACGACAUUGGCUACGUUCGAUACUACCUGGCACCCAAAAUUGAGGAUGAUGAUGGCAACUAACUAACAACCUACCUACCUUUACCACCAUUUUUAUUUCGGUUCAUCAUUUUUUGAUUUUUGUGUGAAUAUUCUUAAUAACCUAUUUAAAUGUGUUUUUUGAUGCCGAGUUAAUAAAUCAUUGAUUGAUUGAUACAGAAUAAAAUCUCAA